AGCCAUUUGCCUGAGUGGCAGGGGGACCGGAAGUGGAGGCGCUGCUGCUUGGUGCUGGGGCCCGAGGAGGGGACGCGCGCCGGAACGGGGCCGCCGGGACCAAGGGAGCGACAGACGCGCCACCCGCCGACGCCGCAGCCGCUGGGGGCCCGUACGGACCCUCUGCCUCUGUGUAGAAUGAGCCAAGGAGACUCCAACCCAGCAGCUAUUCCACAUGCAGCGGAAGAUAUUCAAGGAGAUGACAGGUGGAUGUCUCAGCAUAAUAGGUUUGUUCUGGACUGUAAAGACAAAGAGCCGGACGUGCUGUUUGUGGGAGAUUCCAUGGUACAGUUGAUGCAGCAGUAUGAGAUAUGGAGAGAGCUGUUUUCCCCACUUCAUGCACUUAAUUUUGGAAUUGGGGGAGACACAACACGACAUGUUUUAUGGAGACUAAAGAAUGGAGAACUGGAGAACAUUAAACCUAAGGUCAUUGUUGUCUGGGUAGGAACAAACAACCAUGAAAAUACAGCAGAAGAAGUAGCAGGUGGAAUCGAGGCUAUUGUACAACUUAUAAAUACAAGGCAGCCACAGGCCAAAGUCAUUGUGCUGGGUCUGUUACCUCGAGGUGAGAAGCCCAACCCUUUAAGACAAAAGAAUGCCAAGGUGAACCAGCUUCUCAAGGUUUCCCUGCCGAAGCUUGCCAAUGUGCAGCUCCUGGAUACAGAUGGGGGCUUCGUGCACUCGGACGGUGCCAUCUCCUGCCACGACAUGUUUGAUUUUCUUCAUCUCACGGGAGGAGGCUAUGCAAAGAUCUGCAAACCCCUCCAUGAACUGAUCAUGCAGUUGCUGGAGGAGACACCGGAGGAGAAGCAAACCACCAUUGCUUGACUGGCCAUCAGUGUUACCAGCAUCCCAGCUUCCUCAGAUCAGUUACACCACUGGCACUACAGAAUCCUUUCUUAAGGCACUUUGCAUUGUACAAUGUUCCUGGAUGCUUGUAUCUAAUGUUUGAAGGGGAGGAGGAGGGAUUUAAACUGGUCCUGUAUAUAAAAGUUGGUUUGGCACAGGAGAAAAAUUAGCCAAGGAAAAUUCAUUUGAAACCAGAGGGGACUUUUUAGUUGUAUAUGACACCUUUGUCGAAUCAUCACUGUUUUUCCUAGGACAACAUCAAGCACGAGUACAACAUGAAGAUUCUUUUCUUGGCCCUUUUUUCUAUGGAUUAUGUCUUAUGUGAUAAUUAUCACAUCUACUUGGCUUUAAACUUAUUUUUGGUCCAGUUGUAAGGUUCAUGAGUUAGUGUGUUGUGUUGUUUUGUUUGAUUCAUGUAUCCUCAGUAUUUUUAUAUAACAUAUAGCAUCAGAUUAAACAUGCUUGUCAUUCAAAUGCGGAA